AUGUGGAAAUCAAAGUAAAACUAUUUAUCUUCUUAUUUUACCAAAUUUAUAGUCGGAGAUGAGUUCUGGAAGCAAUUAUGUCACGAGCACGGUAUUAAUCCAGAGGGAAUAUUGGAAGAAUAUGCAAGAGAUGGCGAUGACAGAAAAGAUGUGUUUUUCUACUAAGCUGAUGAUGAGCAUUAUAUCCCGCGUUCCCUUUUGAUUGAUCUUGAGCCAAGAGUCAUUAACAGUAUUCAAAACGGGCUCUACAGCAAUUUAUAUAACCCUGAAAACUUCUACAUCUCUAAGCAUGGUGGUGGAGCUGGAAACAAUUGGGCUAGAGGUUAUUGCGAGGGAGAAAAAUGCUAAGACGAAAUUUUAGAAAUGAUAGAUAGAGAGGCUGACGGCUCAGAUUCUCUAGAAGGCUUUAUUUUGACUCAUUCAACUGCUGGUGGUACAGGAUCAGGACUUGGUUCAUAUUUGCUUGAGAGGUUGAAUGAUAGAUAUCCCAAAAAGCUAAUCCAAACCUACUCAGUAUUCCCAAGCAAUGACAUUGAUAUUGUCGUCUCCCCUUAUAAUUGCUUGUUGACACUAAAGAGAUUAGUUUUAAAUGCAGAUGCAAGUGUCAUUAUUGAUAACAAUGCUCUUUAAAGAAUAGCCACUGAUCGUUUGAAACUUUAAAAUCCAACAAUAGCACAAAUCAACUCAAUUGUCUCAACCAUUAUGUCUGCCUCAACCACUACUCUUAGAUACCCUGGAUAUAUGAAUAAUGAUCUAAUGGGACUUGUUGCUAGUUUAAUUCCAACUCCAAGAUGCCAUUUCUUAAUGACAGGCUACACACCAUUAACAGUUGAUAAGAAAGCAACUAGUAUCAGAAAAACUACAGUCCUUGAUGUUAUGAGGAGACUCUUGCAAACAAAGAAUAUCCUUGUUUCAAGUUCAGUUAAAAAAGGAAAGUACAUUUCAAUCCUGAAUAUCAUUCAAGGUGAUGUCGAUCCAACUCAAGUGCAUAAAUCCCUUUAAAGAAUUCGUGAGCGUAAACUAGCUAACUUCAUCCCUUGGGGGCCUGCUUCAAUUUAGGUUGCUCUGUCGAAGAAGUCACCAUAUGUUGAAACUCCACAUAAAGUUAGUGGCAUGAUGCUUGCUAAUCAUACCUCCAUCCGUAACUUAUUUAAAGUUAUUCUUGAGCAAUAUAAGAAAUUCAGAAAGAGAGGUGCUCAACUUCAUCAUUAUAAAGAGACUAAAAUUUUCCAAGAUUCUUAUGAAGAGUUUGAUUAAUCUGAAGAGACGGUGAUUAGAUUAAUUGAAGAAUAUGAAGCUGCAGAGAAUGAAGAUUAUAUCAACUGGGGAGCUACUGAAGAUAUGAAAAACGGAGGCGAUGGCAUGGAUUAUUAAUGA